AACACCGUCAACGACGAUAUUGACAAGAAAACGACAAGAUGACGAAAGGUACAUCGUCCUUUGGUAAGCGACACACCAAGUCCCAUACUCUCUGCCGCCGUUGCGGGAGACGCGCUUUCCACAAACAGCACAAAGAAUGUGCGCAGUGCGGCUACCCUGCCGCUAAGCUGCGGUCAUACGAGUGGGGUCAGAAGGCCAAGCGCCGAAAGACCACUGGCACUGGUAGGAUGCGGUACCUCAAGACUGUGUCUAGGCGUUUCAAGAAUGGAUUCAGGGAAAACACUGUUGCCAAGAAGGUCGUCCGUGCAGCCACGUCGUCUGCAUAAGCUUCGCGGCCCAUCUCUUCCUCUAUGCUUUCUUUUGUCACGCCCUAGCUUUCCUUAUCACUCGAUGC